GCAAUAUGAGAGUUAAAGAAUUUUCGAAAACAAAGGCACGUGUGCCGUGUGUGUCCGACUGACUCGAGGUUCUUCAGUUUAUUCGGACAGAAUGGACGUGGAAGGAGACACGCCGAUGGAUAGUAAUGAGGUGGAAAUGGCGGGAGACGAAGAAGAGGAGGAUGAAAAUGUGCAGGAGGAAGAAGUGCCUGCAGCCAAGCGGAAGGUUUAUCUGCCAGGACAGCCGAUGCAGUCGGACGAAGAACUCGAGUGCGACGAGACGGCCUAUGUUUUCCUACAUCAGGCUAAAACAGGCUCACCAUGUCUGAGCUUUGAUAUAGUGUCAGACAGUCUAGGCGCCGAUCGACCUUUCCCUCUGACCAGCUACCUUGUCGCUGGUACUCAAGGCGAGCGCAAGAAUGCCAACCACCUGAUCUCCAUCAAGAUGUCGAAUUUGAGGAAAACACUAAAAGAGGAAAAGAAGGAAAAAUCCGACGAUGAUGACGAAGACUCGGAUUCAGAUUCUGAAGCUGAGGCUGACGAGCUUCCUAGACUGGAUUGCACAAUGAUGCCUCACAAGGGCUGCAUUAAUAGAGUCAGGAGUGCGUGGCUUGGGGACAAAGUGGUAGCUGCGACGUGGUCUGAGCUUGGUCAGGUGCAUGUGUGGGACAUGACGGGAUCGCUGCGUAAACUGGAGGCUCUGGGACCUCAAGACCCAGUACUGACAGAGCGGAUUGGUCUCAAAGACCAGCCAAAGCCAAUCUACACUUUCUCGGGCCACCAGACAGAAGGGUUUGCCAUGGACUGGUGCCAAACAACCAAAGGCAUGCUUGCGACAGGGGACUGUGCGAAAAACAUUCACAUUUGGACUCCUAAGGAAAACGCAACAGGCUGGAUCGUAGACCAACGGCCACUGACCGGACAUGAGAAGUCCGUUGAAGAUGUGCAAUGGUCGCCCAGUGAGAGAAAUGUCCUUGCCUCCUGCUCUGUUGAUUGCAGCAUCAAAAUUUGGGACACUCGAGCAGCGCCAUCGAAAGCAUGUAAGCUGACGGUAACAAAAGCUCAUGAUGGAGACGUCAACGUAAUCAACUGGAACCGUAAUGAGGCCAUGAUUGUAUCUGGUGGUGACGAUGGCAAGGUCAAAGUUUGGGACCUCCGGCAGCUCAAGGAGGCGGUGGCUACUUUCAAGCACCACUCGGCGCCAGUCACCACAGUAGAGUGGCACCCUAGCGAAGGUUCCGUCUUUGCUUCAGGUGGUGCUGAUGACCAAAUUGCUAUUUGGGAUCUUGCAGUCGAGCGUGAUGGGCCAGAGGAGGAAACGGCGCACUUGCCGCCACAACUUUUGUUUAUCCACCAAGGCCAGAAAGACAUUAAGGAGCUACACUGGCAUCCGCAAGUGUCUGGCAUGAUCAUCAGUACUGCCUUGAGUGGCUUCAACAUCUUCAAGACCAUCAGUGUCUGAAUAAAAUUCCUCGUAAUUAGAAAUUAAAUUUAUUUCACAGUCA